AUGAUACAACUCUUGGACCCAAGACCCUUGCCAAGCUCCAUCAUGCCUGUGGAUAUGGCCAUGCGAUUUUGCUUAGCCCAUUCUCCACCACUGAAGAACUUUCUUAGCCCCCUUGAGGACUGCCAAAGAAACAACUUUGUGAACAGACUCAAACCUCUCAGGCCAUGCCUUCAUGUGAAACAUGACUCCGAAGCUCAGAAGAGUGACUGGAACCACUCAGCAGCCCGAGCCAAGAAGCGAGUUGUGUUUGCAGACUCAAAGGGACUGUCCCUGACGGUGAUACACACCUUCUCAGACUUCCAGGAGCACUCUGGGUGGGACCUUCAGUUUGACUUCUUAGACAAUGAGGACAUAACAUCUGACUUUAAGCUACAUGAAGAGAAAAAUUUGAUUCUGGGUUUCCCUCAGCCCUCAGCUGACUACCUGGACUUCAGGAGUCUCCUUCAGAAGAACUUAGUCUGCCUGGAGAACUGCACCCUGCAAGAGAAGGUACUGUCAGGCACUGUGAAAGUAAAAAACGUGAGCUUUGAGAAAAAGGUGCAGGUUCGAAUCACUUUUGAUACAUGGAAGACCUAUAGGGAUGUCGAUUGUGUAUACAUGCACAAUGUUUACAGUGGUUCUGAAAAUGAUACCUUCUCAUUUACUAUCGAUUUGCCUCCUAACAUUUCCUCUGAAGAGAAGAUAGAGUUUUGCAUUUCUUACCAAAGUGGAGGACAUACCUACUGGGACAAUAACAAGGGUCAGAAUUAUAAGAUUCUCCAUGCACAGUGGAAGCCUGAUGGUGUUCAAAUACCAUCUGCCAAGAUGGACUAUGUAGAUCUUCAGACUCCGAGGAGAGGACAAGAGAGAGAGCCUGAUCAGCUAGGCAGUCCAAGGCUGUCCAGUGGCCUCUUCCCCCGGUGGCAGAGCUUGGGUCGGAUUGAGAAUUCAUCACCAUAUUGGUGA